AGCAGAUGGUAGAUCGUUAUUGGAUCACUUUCUUUGUGUUGCUUUCUUGUCUUGUUGGAGUACUCGAUGCUAGUGCUGGCGAUGCUGACCCACUGUAUAGGGCUUGUGUAGGACAAUGCAAAAAGACUGGCUGUGUUGGUGAAACAUGCUUCCCACAUUGCAAAUUCUCAUCAGAUGGUGCUUCCCUUGAUGGCCCUUGGUACAUGCAAGAACCUCUGUACUUGCAGUGGAAACAAUGGGAUUGCCUAAGUGAUUGCCGUUACAACUGUAUGCUCAACAGAGAGAAAGAGAUGGCAUCACUUGGUCACGGGCCUGUCAAAUAUCAUGGUAAAUGGCCUUUCAAGCGGCUAUAUGGAUUUCAGGAGCCUGUUUCUGUGGCUCUUUCUGCUCUCAACCUUGUGAUGCAUUUCCAUGGUUGGCUGUCCUUUUUCAUCCUUAUGUAUUACAAGUUACCUCUGGGAUUAGAUAAGAAGCGGUACUAUGCUUUCACCAGUCUGUGGCAUAUCUAUGGCCUCUUAUCAAUGAAUGCAUGGUUCUGGAGUGCUGUUUUCCAUAGUCGGGAUGUGGAUUUGACAGAAAAGCUAGACUACUCUUCUGCAAUAGCAUUACUUGGAUACUCUCUUAUUUUGGCUAUACUAAGAAGUUUUAACGUGAGGAUUGAGGCCGCCAGAGUCAUGGUUUCUGCACCACUGCUUGCAUUCAUAACCACCCAUAUACUGUACCUUAAUAACUAUCAAAUGGACUACGGGUGGAACAUGAAAGUUUGCCUUGUCAUGGCCGUGUCUCAGCUUCUUAUUUGGGCAAUCUGGGCCGGUGUCACUCAUCAUCCCUCUCGCUGGAAGUUAUGGGUUGUGGUCGUGGGAGGUGGCCUUGCAAUGCUUCUGGAGAUCUAUGAUUUCCCUCCAUACCAAGGAUUUGUGGAUGCACAUGCCCUUUGGCAUGCCACCACUAUACCCCUCACCUACAUUUGGUGGAGUUUCAUUAAGGAUGAUGCUGAGUUCAGCACAGCUAAACUGCUCAAAAAGAUGAAAUAGCAUGUUUUCUAGUACCCAUGAACCCCAAUGGUUGUGUAGUGCUUUGGCCAGUUGAUGAACCUCAGGUCAACACACAUCUAUGAAAAGUAGAUUCUUCUUUUAUUAUUACUUCUGUUAAUUGCUAAGUAGCGAGAAGAUACUUGGUUUGACGAGAGGUGGCAGGGUUGGUAAACUUUGGAUAACAUUGGUGAACUUUGUUAGAGAUAUUUCUUGUAUUCAUCUAUUACAGUGGCCUAGGGAACAGAUUGUCGUACUCUGGUAAUGCAUCAGUUAGCUGGUUAUUUUGUGUAAUUGGAGGCUACUGAACACUUCUUCCACCCUCCUCAGCCUGAUUAUAGCUCAGAAAGAACUGUGUCACCCUGCAUAGAUAUAGAACCUAAUCACCUUUCAAUUACAUCAUGGUUUG